GGCUUCCCCUCACUUACGCCUUUGCUCGAGCCUCUGCGGAGAAGCCCGCAACGAGGGAGCUUGUCCAGGCCGCGCUCACCGCAGCGGGCCGGGCCUGCCCUGGCCUGGAGCCUGCGCGCCGGACUGCCCCAGCGCUCACCAGCUGCUUCAAGCUCUUAUCAAACUACUGCAGUUCCAGCAGCUCUCGCCAAAUCUACGGCACAGGCCACAACUGCCCUGCCUGCGCAAUCCUGCCGCGUUGGUUAGGCCAAGGCGUCCCUCAGGCCUUGCUCUUUUGAAACCAGUUAUCCCUGGGUGCGAACGAUCCCACAAAGCUAAUACUUAGCCACACAAAACAUACGGGUGGCUCAGUUAUGAUCAGGACACCAGGAUGUUUGCACAGGCUGGGUAAACUUUACCCAGGCACUUCCUUGUGCCAACAGUUAAGGCUCGGUUGCUGCCGUUCUUAUGGAAUGUUGCGGGGUGCCGUUGGGACAGCAAUUCCUGCGCUGAGGCAGUUUCCACGGCAACAACAAGGACAGCUGCUUCGCCUAAAUCUCAGAAAUCACUUACUGCUCAAGGCGAGUAUCCGCAGUGCUUCUUCUCUUGCAGGAAAGGCCAUGAAACCCAGGUCAGCUGGAUCCACGCCAGAACGCAUGACGUUCAACCAGAGCUAGUAAACAAGCUAAUAAAAAGAAAUACAUGUGCAGUCCAUGCUCUACCUUUCAGAUGUACCCAUGACUGAUUAAAUUUUAACCUAAGUGGAUUAUUUUGCAACGUCAGCCACAGUAGUGCUUCAGGAUCCAUAUACAACCCAACAUACAGGCUAUAUUGGGCAGCUGGUACGUGGCUAUCUUGAAGAGGGUACAGUCUCCCAGCUACUGAACUUGCCGCUGCGUUUCAACCAGUGAAAGCUAUGGGUCAUGCUAUACAGGCAGGGUAUAGGUGUCAGUGAAGAGCAGAUGUAGCACCGAUAAGCCUAACAUUGGACAAGCGGGAUAUAUGCAUGGACCUGAGUGGCAGUUUGAUCACAGCCACAUGCCUGUUUUGUGUCCAAGGGUCCAAUUCUGCAUUUUUAAUCAGCAAAAUCCUCAUCUGAAGCUCCCCCAAAAAAGUCAAGUCAGGAUUUUUAAUCUGCUGUCACGCUGCUGCAGUCCACUUCUACAUGAUCCCAGCCUCCAGGGCCUUUCACUGCCUCUGUUGCCAGUCCACUCUGCAACUCCUAUCACGCAGCUAUUCCGGGACAGAUACUCCUGACACUCUGUGGUGAUCCCAGGCUGAGCGAGAAAGCGGAAAACUGCUCGGCUGAGGCACUGCACCCCUCAGAUCUAAAGGGGUGAAUUACACCCAGGGAAGUAACUGUGUAACGCACAUUAAAUGUUAACACAAUGCAUUCCACAUGGGAGUCGGAGAUCAGAGCAAAGCACGGUGGAUGAGAAUGCAGCACCGCGCACCGGAGAAGGCCAGAGCCAUGCAACUUGGGAUGAGGAAGAGAAACGCACGGAAAGCAGGAAAAUACGGCUACACGCACCUUUCUGCUGGUGACCUCCUUCGAGAUGAACGAAAAAGGCCAGGCUCACAGUACGGAGAACUCAUUGAGAACUAUAUUAAGGAGGGUGAAAUUGUACCGGUUGAAAUAACAAUCAGCUUGUUGAAGAGGGCUAUGGAUCAAACAAUGGCUGCCAAUUCCCAAAAGAAUAAGUUCUUGAUUGAUGGCUUUCCCAGAAAUGAAGAUAAUCUUCAAGGCUGGACUAAGACCAUGGAUGGAAAGGCGGAUGUUUCUUUUGUUCUCUUUUUUGACUGUGACAAUGAGAUAUGUAUUGGCCGCUGUCUUGAAAGAGGGAAGAGCAGUGGUAGGAGCGAUGAUAAUCGGGAGAGUCUGGAAAAGAGAAUUCAUACAUAUCUGCAGUCUACUAAGCCUAUAAUAGAUUUAUAUGAGAGAAUGGGAAAAGUCAGAAAAGUGGAUGCCUCUAAGUCUGUUGAUGAGGUAUUUGAAAAAGUUGUAAAAAUUUUUGACAAAGAAGGCUAGUUCCCAGCUUGAAAGUUCACCUUAGACUUGUGCUUGAAUCUUGCUUGAUAGCUGCUACUGCAGUCCACUCUUGUAAUUGUUUUAAAAGUUUUUUAUUUUUCACAUAUUCGAUGAUGAUUGGAAAAGCAGUUAAUUACAAAUGGAUUUGUUUUUUUGAAUAGAGAAUCAUUUCUCAUGGCUAUAGUAGACAAAUCUAAGGGUUCUCUGUUAGUGUUAGUUCAGUUACUCACAAAACAGAAACACGUAUAGUCAAAACAUCUCUCUGGAGAGACUAUUUAUCCUGUCAGUCCUGUGCCCUUUCACGGACAGCUCUUCCUUUUGCCAUACACCUUUUUUUUUUUUUUUUUGGUUUGUUUUGGAUCAGGUAAACAGCAGCAUUAAGCAAUGAGGGACCUGCAUGUCCUUGUUUGUUUUUCAGAUGUUUGGACCAAAUUUAGGAGACAUUUUUUUCCAAGUAUAAUUUUGUCACUCAUUUCCCAGUUAUCCCCACACUUGAAUUCUGUGAACAAAACUGCAGUUAGUAUGAGAAUCUGUUUUAGCAGUUAUCACAAAACUAUUUAAUAUGCUGUUCAGCAAUAGGCAUACAAAGUACUUCAUAGAAAGUGGUGCUUUCUUAUAAUUCUGGGUUUAAACUGUCAUGUAAGUUCUUGAGUACGCGGACGACAUGGCCCUGGCCUUUUCCUCAUCUUUGUUUGCGAAAGCUUAAGAAUAUUGUUUCAAAGUCAGGUCAGUGUCUCUGUACUCAUUUAUUUGGGGUGAUAGUUACGCUCUUAAUUAUAGCAUGAUCUUUACAAGGUGGAACAACUCUUAAAUAGUGUGUACUAAACAAAAUCUUCUAAUAGUUGUCUUUUGUAACCAGUGGAAGGGAUUUUCUGAAUUAUUGUUGAAGUACUGUGUUACUGAAAACUUUGAAGUUUAUUACCUGGGGAAGUAUUUUUAUGGUUAAACUUGUGAAUUUAUUUCCCUAACAUUGUAUAAUUUUAAUAGCUGUUUGAAAGGGUAUUGUAAAUUAUUGCACUUUUUUAUGAUAUGGUCAGCUGAGGGGAAAUAGCUGCAUUAAAAAAAGUUCAAUUUCUGUAAACAGAUCAGAUCCUCCUUUACUGCAUUCUCUUGAAUAAGGGAAGUACAGUCAGUGUCAACAAUAGUUGGGAUAAGCAGGUAACUAGUUUUAAAAAAAAAAAAAAAAACAGUUUUGUAAAUGUUUGCACAGUUGUGGAAUAAUUCUGCCUUCUGUUUAAAGUAACUUUUUUCCCCAUACGACUCUAAUGCGCAUAGGUCUGUGGGGGCCAAAUCAUGCAUUCCUUGCAUGUCCUAAGUUAAGUUUUCACUGAAGCAAGUCCAAAAAGAGUUGAAGAUGGGUACUUUAGCUAAUUUUAGUGAUAGAGUGGUUUUUGCUACAUGAACUGACACUGCAAUUGGUUUGUGAUAUGCUAAUAGAUGUUGCAAAUUACAGGGAAACGCAAUUUGGAAAUCUUGUGAUCAGCUUUUCUUUAAAAUCCUAUUUAGAGAAAGUCAGCUUGAAUUAAGUCUAGCUUCUGAUUGCAAUCAGACAUGUUGGUCCUCAUCCUGCAAUCCCAUCCGUGUAGGCAAAUUUGUAUUUGCAUGACUUCUUAUUUCACUGAGGUUCUUAGGAUUGUUGGACUGAGGAGGAGAGAGGCAUACGUAAACAAGGAGAAAAUGACCCUAUUUUUUCCAGUACAGCAGUGGUACAAACAGCGUACUGAGCACAAAUACUACGUUUACUACUACAGAAAAAAUGGACCAUGACUACUUUUGUGAGUUUGGGAGGCUAAUGCUUUUGCUUUAUGAAUCUCCCCUUAAGAAUCACGGAAUUUAAUUCCAGUUGUAUAAGUAUACUGACAUAGGAUAGGCUCCAAUGAAACUACAUUUUUGAUAUAAAGGUUAAAAUCAGAAUUUUUCCAGAAAAACUUCAAACAGGAUUCUCUACUCUACUUAGAGAGAUAUUUUCUUUUAUUUCUAAGAUGCUGUUUUUUUACAACUUCUGCUCAGAAUAGAUUAUCUGUUUUCUCAUCAUAUACUUUUCUGUGUAUUUAAGUGCUGAAACCAAAAAAAAAAAAAUUACUUUAGAGCAAGCUUUUGGAAGAAGUUUUUGGCAAUAUUGAAUUUGGAGUGGAUUGUACUGUGUCUGUGCAAAGAUUAGAUUUUUUGUCAUUUUAUUUAUUGAAGAUGCCAUUAAAUGUAUUGCCGAUGUUUCAAGUUGAACUUAAAGAUUGAAAUGAAGAUUAAAGGUAAUACACCAACGUGUUGUGUGCCCAUUUCUCAGCAAAAUUGUACAAAGAAUUUGAGAAUAUCUAAUAAAUUUUGUUCUGUGGCUUAA